CGCGUUUCAAAAGGUGUCAUCAUUUUAUUGGGAAAAAGUGCUGCUUGGUGGAUCAUAUCAUGUGUCGACGACUCAGCGGCAAAUGUCUUGAAUAAUGUUUUUCGAGAACUCUGCAUGGACGAAACAACAAAGUUGUGGGACUUCAGCUAUAAUUCCUAUGACUCCCAAGAAACCUCAGCAGUGGCUACAAGUAGUCGGACAUGCAGGCAGUUUUCAUGUUGGAGAUUAUGGUACCCUGCUGAAGAGGUUUUGUGAAGGGGAGCAGCAAUGCUACCUCAGACUCAUGAAGGACUCUCUGAGGCCCUUUGUUCCAGCCUACCACGGUGUGGUGCAGCGGGACGAGCAGGAUUACAACAUGAUGGACAACUUGCUGACCCAUUUCAAUACACCGUCCAUCAUGGACUGCAAGAUGGGCACUCGUACGUACCUCGAGGAGGAGUUGGUAAUUGCUCGAGAGCGGCCUCAGCCUCGUAAAGACAUGUAUGAAAAGAUGGUUGCUGUGGAUCCAGAGGCCCCAACGGUCCAGGAAAGAGCUCAGCAGGCAGUGCUGAAGACCAGGUACAUGCAGUGGAGGGAGACACUGAGCUCCACAACGACGCUGGGUUUCCGUAUCGAAGGAUUCAGGAAGGCAAAUGAAGAAUGCCACACAAACUUUAAAAGGACCAAAAGCAGAGAGCAAGUAAUGGAAGCUCUUGACAACUUUGUUGACUCCAAUAUGACUGUCAUAUGGGGAUACCUGAGACGACUGAAACAGCUACGUCAGGUCUUGGAGGCGUCAGAGUUCUUUCAAACACAUGAGGUUGUAGGCAGCUCCUUACUGUUCAUACAUGACUGGACAGGCAGGACAGGAGUGUGGAUGAUUGACUUUGGGAAGACAGCCACCUUGCCAACACCCCUCACACUGAACCACCGCACUCCAUGGGUGGAGGGAAAUCGUGAAGAUGGCUAUCUGUGGGGUCUGGAUAACCUCAUUGAGAUACUGACCAGUAUGCUGCCAGUUACCUAAACUAAGUCUGGAAAUGUGUUGAAAUUGGAUCUCUUUUAACACUCAUAAUUUCAGAUUCACUACUGCAGAUGGGCAGCUAGCUGAAAAUCGCUGAUUCAUCAGAUUUGUUGGAAUAGACUAUAUUUUGUAAAAACAAGAAUGAGGAUAUUAGAAAUGGAAAUUGUGAUUAGAGCAAUUACAAUGCCACGCUUUGCCAAUUGUGUUCAAUGAGAUACAUUCCAGAUUUGUUUGAAAAUAAGGGACUCAUCAAUGGCCAAAAGCCAUUUGUGUGGAUUCUUCAAUCAGUCCGACCCUCAGUGUCACUGUGUGCCAAACAUGUUCUCAGUCUCCAGCACUGACUGUAUAUUAACAGGGACAGCACCUCCCACCUCCUUCUUUUGUACAAAUUUGAAGCCAAAAUACCCUGAAUGGAUUCUAACAUCUUGAACUGAUAAAGUAAUUUUGAGCCCAGAAGUCUACUGUUGACGCCAUGCCCCUUCUGCUAACCGAAGCACCUGCUAACCUGCAGUUAAACGUCAGAGGUUCCCCGCAUCAGUACAGUCUAGAGCAGAACAGAUUCUUGUGAAGGUUUAAAGAAAACACAUUUAUGGAAAGCUCAACAGUUCAGGCAAAUUUUCAAUAUCUUGUCCAUCGUAUUUCCUCCUCUGUCCUGGUUAUCUGGCUCAGAAUACUGCAGAGUUAAGUUUUCAGCAGAGCUGCUGACUAUGCUGUAACAUCAUCUUUUUCAAAUAGCUUAUUAAGACAGAACUACUCAGCAAAACAUAAUCAACAUGAGAAUACUUACCACAACAGAGUCUAGGUUUGACAAAAAUUUAUUUGACAUGUAGUCUAACUUAAUCAUCUGGCCCAUUUCCCAUCUGAUAACGUGAGACAAGGUUUAUGACUUUAACUGAAACCUGUCAGCAGGUGGAGCACGAAAUAUUUUGGCUUUAAUCCCUGGCAGCUGUUGCUCCGUCUAUCUUAAUAUACAGUCAGUGAAUUCAAGUCUCAAUAGGAGACUCCUGACCCCUUUGCCUUGAGAAACUCAUUGUAUCAGGAAAUGGAUAAACAUCAGCUAAAAGAUUAAAACAUGGCUGCUCCCUCCUCAGAUGAUCAUACAAAUGUCACACAGUGUCAUUAAAAUGGUGCUAAAACUAUGAUGUUAUAAAGUGGAUUUAUUUUCUUCACUUCUUUACAGAACAGUACAUACUUUUAUAUUUUCUCUGUUUUUUGUGUGUUGUUUGCCUUACUAUUGUUGUAAUGAUCUGAUCAUGUUUAAAUUAGGGCUGUCAAACUAUUAAAAUUUUAAUUGCAAUUAAUCUCAGGAUUUCUAUUGUCAAUCUCCCCUUUUUCUUGCAUUUUAUAAUUCCAGUAUUUUGCAUUUAAAAGAGUUGGUCUCAUUAUUUCACUGCCUUAGCCUAAGAGAGAUUGACUUUGUUUUUGGAUACAGGUUUGCUUUUAUUCUCUUUGAAAGAAAAUUGACCACUGAGCUGUCUUUGAAUUUUUAAAGUGAAAUUAGACAUAAUGGUGCAGUGGCCUUAUUUUAGAUCUCUGUGACUGCAGGGAGACGUUGCAGUGGCUUAAAAAUAUCCUGUAACACCUUGGUUCCCAACCUGGGGUCCGGGACCCCCCAGGGGGGGCGCCAGAGAUCUUAGAGGGGG